AUGAAUUUUUUUGCAACAUUUUUAUUAUCAAUUUUAUUAAUUUUCAAUCAAUAUCUUCAAAUUGAAGCGUAUCCAAUAUUAUCGAAAAAAUCAUUAUUAUUAACUCCAACAUCACCAGUUUUCACUUUACUUGCUGUUCAUAAAGGGAAUUUAACUCAAGCUGAUAUUGUUACAUUUAAUAAAUCAUCAAUUACUAUUGGGAAUCGAGGAUCUCCAUUAUUUGGUAGAAUUGAUGGUAAAAAUAAUUAUACUUUAAAUAUUGCUUCAUUUAAUAACCUCACCACCAGUACUAAUACUAGAAACUCUACAAUUUGGUCAAUCAAUGCAUAUAUUGAUAGAUCUAGUAAUUUAUUAAGUGCUGCUGCUGCUGCUGCUGGUGCUGCUGCUAUUGCUGAAACAACUCAUAAAAAUAAUGAAUCAAUAAUUGUUGAAAGUAAUGGAUUUGCUAUUGAAGAUGGUUAUUUAUCAUUUGAAAAUUCAACCAAUUUUUUAGCAUGUCCAAUAACUACAUCAAUCACUAAUUCUACAACUACCAAUGGUAAUGGGAAUGGAAAUAAUUCUACCAGUAGUAAUGGCAAUAAUAAUAAUAAUAAUAAUAGUAAUGGAGCAAUUGCAUUUGAAAUUUAUGCUAAUCCAAAAGGUAAAACUGUUUGUCCAAAAAAUAUUCAAGGUUAUGAUAUUAAAUUAUUAACAGAAUUGAUUGUAACUUAUUCAUAUUCGGAAAAAUUCAAUUCUAAUGGAUUUUUCAAAAGACAAAUUACAAAAAAUUUAGAAUAA